UGUUAUUUUAUUCUGGAAAUGAGAAAUCGGACCGAGGUGAAUGCACACAUAUAUGCAGCAGUAAAUAAAUACAAAAACAAAAUGGCAUCAGACCAAGAGGAUGAGGAUUUAGAAGCUUUGAGAAUUGCAGCAUUAGCAACUCUUAAACCAAAGCCCAUCCAGCAAGUGAUUACAUCUAUAUCUGGAGUCAACCGUUCAUCUUGGAAUGAGUUCCAUGCUGAUGUUGUGCCAGAGCAUCAGUAUAUUCCUGAACCAUUACCAGAGCCAGCUCUUACUAUGAACAUGCUAGGCCAGAAUGUGCACCCCUGGAACAAUGGGAUUGCCUUGGGUUCUGAAAAACCCUUCCGUUCUGGUAUUCCAUCAGAAAGGCGACCAUUUCACCCAAGGGCCCACCACAGAUCAUUUGGUGACCGGGGUCGACCUAUACACGACAGGGGCAGAUAUCCCAGACGUGGAUAUGUGUCUGAAAGAGGAAGAGGAUUGUUUAUGUCAGCACGGGGAAGGGGAAUGGGACCCAAAGGACACAUUGAAGUAGAAUCAGCAGGUGGAAAUUUGAUUGUCAUCAACCCAAAAGCUGAAGAGAACAACAUAAAUGUUCAGACUGGGAAUAAUUUGCAACUUUCUAAUAAUGUUUUGCACCAGACAAGUAAGCCUAAACUCAUACUGCCGCAAGAUAAGUAUCACCUAACCGCCUCCUUGAAUGAAAAAGGUGACUCCAGUAAUACUAAUUCACCAACCACAAAGGGUAGAGAUAAGUUUUCCCGGUACAAUGACAGUGGAAGUGAAGAUGAAGAUGAUGACUGGCUGGAGACUUCCAAGGAUGUUGACACCCACAUGAUGGAAGAAGAAAGAGACCUAGAGACAUCGGCUACCAAUGCAGAUUUUGAAGUAGAAGUUCGGAAGCUGGACUUCUCUGACCAGGAAGAGGAAGAAAAAAUGAAAAGUCUAUCUGAUGCUCCUGUAGCUAGUGACGAUGAGAGCAUUGAUCUCGAUGUCUUAGCCAGUGAUGACCAUUUGAUAGGGGAUGAAUUUAGUGAAGAUAAGAAUGUAGUUUUGUUGGACGAGGACAAGCUGAGUCCUGAGAUUGAUUUGGAUGUUCUGGUAGAUCCCCCAGAUGAAAGUCUUAAAGUGGCAGAUAGUGCUACUCUAUCUAACUCUGUUAAUCAAUGUGAGAGUGUUAGAAAAUCCCUAUCUUCAUCAUCCUCUUCCUCGUCAUUAGAAUCAUCUUCUGAUUCUGAUAGCGAGAAUGAAGAUGGAGAUAAGGUUGAAGAUGCUGAGACAGAUAUUAAAACAAUUAGUGUUGGUUUAAGUGCUCCGGAAGUGGGUUUAAAAAUAUCUCCCCCAUUGGAGGAGGAUGCAGAUUCCCUGGACAACCUUUUAAUGGACAUUUCUAAACAGCUUGGAGAAGAUCAGCCACCUACUCUGCAUACAACUUCAUCACCUCACAGAUCUACAAUUAAAACUGAGUCGCCUCAUAGGAUAUCACCAUCCCCUGAACAAUCUGUUAAGUCACCUGUGCAAACAAAACCUACAUUGUCUUCUGUGGAUUCUCAGCAUAAAUCAUCUUUAUCACAACAUAAAUCCUUAGAACAUAAAGUUGCACCUGCUAUUACAUCUCAGUCUCCUAGACAGAGAUCCAUUUCACCAAGGACUAAAAAUUUAAAAUAUACUGGGACUCACAAAGGCACUGUUUCACCCAAACAACGAUCUAUUUCACCAAUACAAAGAUCUCUUUCACCCAGACAAAGAUACAUUUCACCCAGACAAAGAUCUGUUACACCAAAACCUAGAUCUAUCUCACCAAGACACAGAUCUGUUACACCCUUACGAAAAUCUAUUUCACCCAGAAGGAGAUCUAUUUCACCUUGUAGAUCUAGUUCGCUUAUUGGCAGACCUGUUUCACCCAGACGAGGAUCUAAUUCUCCUAGAUUAAGUUCUAUUUCACCUAGGAGGAGAUCUAUUUCACCCAGGCGGAGAUCUAUUUCACCCAGACAGAGAUCUUUUUCACCCAGAAGGAGAGCUAUUUCACCUAGGCGGAGAUCUUUUUCACCCAGAAGGAGAUCUUUCUCACCCAGAAGGAGAUCUAUUUCACCCAGAAGGAGAUCUAUUUCACCCAGAAGGAGAUCUAUUUCACCCAGAAGGAGAUCUAAGACACCCAAACAAAGAUCUUUUUCUCCAGGUCGCAGGUCCCUUUCACCCAGAAGAAGAUCUAUUACACCCAAACAAAGAUCCAUUUCAACCAAAGUCAGAUCUUUUUCUCCAGGGAACAGGUCUAUUUCACCUAGGAGGAGAUCUAGUUCACCUAAGUAUUGCUAUUCAUCAAAAAAUAGGUCUCAUUCUCCAAGAGGAAGAGCAUUAUCUCCAAGGCAGCGAUCCAUUUCACCACAUCCUAUUUGGUCUAAGAAGAGAGAUGAUUCUCCUAGAAAAAUUGCACCUCCACAAAGACAGCAUUCUCCUUCACCUUCUCAUGUAGCCUCACAAAAAUCUAUUACUCCAUCAAAAAAGUCAUUGUCACCUAGGAGAUAUACUGGUUCUGAUAGAGAAGAAAGCAGAAGGAGUCAGAGGCCUAAAGUUUAUCAUGGUUCAGGACAUAAUGCUGAUUAUAAUGGACACAGACGUGACAGAUAUCUUCUCGAUAGGGACAGAGGUACUUCAAAUCACAUUUCUCGUUCCAACAUAGAUAGUCCUGGGCGACAAGGGGACAUGAGUAACCUUAAACCAAGAGACAAAAAGCUAGAAGACAUCCCAGCCAUAGAUUUAGAAAAACUUCCACCAGAGGAAAGGUCCAGAAUUGAAGCCAGAAUGAAAAAAUUUUGUACAAAUGAAGUCAAGAUUGAUCCUGCCAAAAAAGUUUCACUCAAAAGCAUAAAAGAGCGCCCCAAAAAACGCAAACAAUCUGGUGAUGAGGAUACAGAAGUGAAAAAACCUAAAAACAUGAAUAAAAAAAAGCCCAAAAGUACUUUUGAUUUGAUUAUUGGUGAAGGGAAAAAGGGCAGAAGCUCAGAUGGAAAAGAUUUAAAAACGCUGGCAGUUUUGGAGGAUGAAAGUGAUGAUUCUGAUACUGCAAGAUCAUGGAGGCAGGAAGGCAAUCCUACAAAGAGACCUGCACGCCAUUCUCCAUUCCAAAUGUCUAGUGAUUUGAGAACACAAAAGUCUGGAAGGGGGUCUCAGAAUCUUCAUAGCAAACACAGAGCAGCAGAUAUUCAGAGAAAUGACACAAUAAAAGGUAGAUAUGCAGACAGGUUGGAUGUUUCUAGAAUCAGCAGUAGUGGUAAGGCUCUUUUUGAUGAGGUUGAGGCUAAAAAAAAAGUAAGCAAGGUUGUGAGCUCAACUAAAUCUUUAGUUAUUCAAAAACCACUGCGCAUUGAGGUGCAGGUUAUUCCAAAAGAAAGGACAAAGAAGUCAAAGCCAGACUUUACUGAGGUGUACAAUGUUCCGGCCAAGCGUCUGCACAACAGUGAUGUUAAAGAGUUAAGUGCCUCUUCAGAGAAAAAAGUGAAAAAGAAAAAGAAAGAUAAAAAGAAAUCUAUAGUGAAAAAUGAGCCUGACCCCCUUCCAACUUCAGAGGAAACAUCAGAUACAGUUUCUGCAAUGCUGUGUCAGGCACAGGCCCCCCGGCCUUCAGUUUUAGACCGUCUUGGCAAAAAAGUUCCGCUAAAAGUGCACAAAGAAAAGAAAAAGAAGAAGAAGAAAAAGAAAGUGCUAUCUGAUGAUGCAGACUAUUCUUCAUCAGAGCAAAAUGUCAAGACAUCAGAACUUGAUGCCAAGAUUCAAAAGAUCAAGGCCAAGAAUGAAGCCAUUGCUCGAAGACAGAGAGAGAUUGAGCUGGAUAAAGAAAAAUAUGGCUGAUCAGAGGAUACCAGUGCUCACUGUUUGAAGGAUGGAAUUAUUGUUAAUUAGUGUAAAUAUGUUCAUUAUUUUAUUUCAGAUGAUUUCACAUUGUACAAUACAUUUUUCAAAUUGAGAAAAAAAAUUCUCUAAGAUGUAUGAUAAUAAAUUUAAAAUCAUCAGUUUCUAUUAAAAAAUAAAAACUACAAAAAAAAAAAAAGACUUGCAAAUUUGAAUAAAGUAGGAGCAAGUUGAAGAUUUUAAUAAUGGUUUUAAAAAAUUUAGGAGUAAGAAUAAAAAUAUAAACUGUUGAGCCAAAUAAAAUGUGAUGUGCAAAAUC